AUGGAAAAAGGUGGAACUCGAGCCGUAGCAGAUAUUCUCAAGGACUUAUGUGCAUACAAUCCAAGCGAUGCCAUGCCUUUCGAUCGUUUACCUCAUGAUUGUUACAUGAUUGGAGUGGGCGGUUUAACGCAAAAAGAAGAUUUGCAGAACUUGAAACGAACUAUGGCUCAAAUAGCUAACUCGUCAAAUUCAGAAGAUGAUCAAGCCGAAUAUGCACUGAUGAAUUCAGAGAAUAUGGAAUUUAUUCUGGAGAAAAUGAAAUUAGCAGGAACUACACAACAACUCGAAAAUGAAAGAGAAAGUCACUAUGUUUUUGAAGAUAACUUUAAUGCAUCACUGAAAGACAUGAUCCAAUCGAAAGCCUCUUAUAACAAACUUAAACAAAUCUGCUAUCGAUACGAGAAUCGUGAAGGAGAAGACGCUAGUGAGAACAUGAUUAAUCAUGAAAAACGUGUUGAGUUGUCACACGAGCAUUUUCUGAAGCAAAAUGUACCGGUAGAUGAAGCAAAAGCUAUGGCUUUUGCUCUUUCGUUUUAUACUGGUCCAAAAAGUGAAACGUGCAGUCGUGCAGGUAGUCUUGUUGCUCGGCAAGGUAACUCCCAAACAUUCGACAAGAAAACGGAAGCCGAAAUGAAUGAAGCAUCUAUCAUUCUUUAUUAUUUGGUCAAGGCGCUCUCUCGUAUACCCUUCUAUUGGGGUUACGUUACUCGGGCUUGUGAACUGAAGUUUGACGAACUAAAUAUGUACCAACCAGGUCGAGUCGUUACCUGGAUUCAGUUUAGCAGUUCGAAAAAAGGUAAACAAGGACACGAUUCCGAAGCAUUCAAAAGGCGAAAUACACUGUUCAAAAUUUACUCGCUAACCGGUCGUCCAAUCAAGAAUUUUUCGAAUUAUCCAGAAGAAGACGAAGUUCUUUUUCUUCCACAUUCUACAUUUAUUGUUCUCAAUCGCAAAGCCUCCAAAACAGAAGGUAAUCAGAUAAUCUAUAUGCGACAAGUGGAAUUAGGUUUGUGUAAAUGGUCAAUAUUGUGGGUCGAUGAUCGCAUAUUCGAUGAAAACUGGGAAAAUAAAAAGCAUAUGGAAUAUGCAGCAAUUAGAGCACUGGAUAUUAACGUACAUUUUAUUCCGAAGUCAUCGACUGAAAGCGCUUUGUCGUUUCUUCGAUCUCCAUUUGGACAACGUUUGAAGAGCAGUGACUCGUUUCGAAUCGUCACCGAUAUGAACCGAGAAAAUGAAUCCCCAAGCUAUAAUGCCGGUGCACGAUUGAUCAAAGCAGUACGCGACUUAGGAUUCAAAAAUCAGUGUCUUGUCUUUACAAGUGAUAAACAAAAUGCAGAAGAUAUUGUUCAAUCAGAAUUAUCUUCAAAACAGUUGCAAGGUGUUUUUAUAACCGCUUACACCAAAGAUUUACGAAAUUUCGUCAAUUUUGAUCAAGCGCAAACUGCAGCACAACAAGCCAAUAUAGGAAACACAACAGAACAUAGUUUAGGCCCAUCUUCACUGAAUUCGAAAAAGUAUACAAGUGUCAAUAAGACAACUGUUGCUGCUGGCGCCUAUGGACAUACGUAUGCCAAAAGUCAAGCUCACAAAGACGAUCGAAUGAUGCACAAUACGAGAAACACCAAUAUUAAUAUACUGCUGACGAGCUGCGAAAUGCGUAACUUAAACCAUAGCCGACAGAACUGUGUUCUCAUUACAACUGGCUCGUUCAACCCCGUUCAUCCUUUCCAUUUUCAAAAUUUAUUACGCGUUAAAGAUCAUCUUGAACGAGAACAUCAGCCACCAAUGAACGUACUUGCAGGAUACAUCUCACCAACACACGAUUCAUACGUGCAUUCGAAACUAGGCGAUUCGGCAUGGAUUCCAGCUAAAGAUCGAUGUCGUCUGUGUGAAGAAGCUAUCGAAUAUGAAGGUUCGAAAGUAUCAUCAUGGAUUUCUGUUUCUCGAGGUGAAAGUGAAUGGUAUGAAGGUUUUGUUGAUUUCUGUCCAGUUACAGAAAAUCUUCGUGAUUUUCUAAAUACUACACUAGUUGGACAAAACAACUUACUGAGCUAUCCACUACGUGUGAUUUAUGUAUGUGGAUUAGAUCAUUAUAACAAAUGCACGUAUAUGGAGCGUAUGGCGCAACAAAAUAAUAUAUCCUGUGCUAUUGUUUAUCGUCGAGGAUGCGAUGAACAACAAAUCAAUCGUUCACUUAAAACAACAAAUGUUAUAUAUAUUUCCUUGUCGAAGGAGCGUACGAAACUUACUGAUGUAAGUUCAACACAAAUUCGCGAAUAUUUUCAAAAUCCAACUGCCAAUAAUAUGGACGUCGAGAGAAAUAUAUAUCCAUCUGUACGUGACUACAUGAGAAGAAAAUAUCGCAAAAAAUAA